CGGGGCCCUCUUCCGCGCCCGCCCGGGGAUCCCCGCUCCAGCGACGCCUCUCCGAACGACGCCGGCCGAGCUUCCCCCGAGCCAGGGCCACGAGGCGUCGGGCCGAGACUCGAAAGAGCGAUUCAAACUGAAAACCCCGAGGAGAGUUUCAGGAUUUCUCUUGUGGUUGUUCUCUCGGGGUUUCAACCUGCUCGAAAGCGACCUUGGCUGGACCGGGCAGGCGAGGACCGCGCCCCGCAGAUCGCAGGAGCCGGGUGCGGAGAAGGAGUGGGCGGGCUUCCUCAGUCUAGGACUGAAGACUUUGGGCGGUGCCAGGAGACAGAGGUAUAGACACACCCCAGGCUACCUUUGCUGGUCACUCUCGUAAAACUGCAGGGAGGAAUGUCACUGGCACAAACCGCAGGUCAUCUUUUGCUGAUACUGCUGCUGAUAGAAGCCGGGAAGACUCUGGGCAAUGCCCACUCUCUGUGCCUUGACCUCACUGUCAAAUCUCAGUCCAGAUCUGGCCAGCCCUGGUGUCAAGUCCAGGGCUCCGUGGACACAAAGCCUUUCCUCCAAUAUGACAGUGACAGCAAUGAGGUCAAACCUUUGGGUUUCCUGGGAAAGGAGGUAAACGACACGGAAGCGUGGACUGAAAUAAGCCAAACGCUGGUAGAAGCAGGAAAAGAGCUCAGGAUGGUCCUGCCUGUCAUCAAACUGGACAAAAAUGAGACGAGGGGUCCUCCCACCCUGCAGGUCAAGCUGUGUUGUCAACGUGAAGCCGAGCAAUGCUCUGGUGCAUCCUUGCACUUCAGCCUCAAUGGACAGACAGCCCUCCUCCUUGACACCAUGAGCAUAACCUGGACAGUCAUCGAUCCUGGAGCCACAGGCAUCAAGGAGGAGUGGGAGAACAACCAGGAACUGGCAGAGUAUUUCAAGAACAUUUCAAUAGGAGACUGCAGUCAUUGGCUUAGGGAAUUCCUGAAACACUGGGAGAAGAUGCAGCUCCCAGAGCCCACAGAACCACUAAUAAUGGCCCCAGAUAUCAGCCAGUCUGCAUCCAUCCGAUUGGUCUCUUGCAUUAUCCUAUUGAUCAUCACCCAGUUAGUUCUAAUUGCUUCAUCAUCAUGAAUAUUAUGAAGAAAUCAGGGACCACAGCAGCAUUAUCUAGCUCAACAUUUUCCCCAGUGUUCUAACAGCUAUUCCAUCAUCUGGAUGUUUCUCCCUGGACUAUGAGAAGAUACAAUGUUAAACCAACUCUGGGUGGCAAAAACUGACCCUUGAUGACAGUCUGGCUGUUGAUCUAAUAUACUACCUUCUACUCAGAGUGGGAUUUAACAAGAAGCUAAAGAAGCCUAUGCUUAAGAAUUCCUUCACUUUCCACGACUGUUGAUGGGCCCUUAAGAUGUAUUGACUUGGUCAUUUUGAGGAUUUGCAAAAGUCAAAUAUUUGCUCACAAUCAGUUAAGACUUCCAAUUCUAUUCUUUCCAUCAGACUUGCCUUCAUGUGGGGUGGAAUUGGGGCAGGGGGCGGGGGUUGGCAUUUUUUUAAUUCUGUUAAGAAGAUAAUGCAUUAGGGAUAUACUGUGUGAUUUAAUGAGACAUAAUUUAUGUGUUCACACUCACUUUCAUGUAUAGUUAAGUUACCGCAUGCUUUUAUGGGCUGAAUGUUCUUCUUAAUUCAUGUGAUAAAAUCCUCACCUCCAGGAAGACUUGUUGAAACCACUCAGUCGGUGGUGUGUGGUUAUAGUCUGUGUUGUGAUACAAUAGGAAGUAUACGUUUGGUCGGAGUCCUGGUUCCUGGAUCAGAGUUUCUAAAACCCACAUUUUGGUGUCAUAUUUGGUGUUCUGAGUAUAGAAAAGUAGCUUUUCUUUAGAGACCUAGCAGACUAAUACAUAUGCAGAAACCGCAAUCAAGUGCUAACUGCCUAGAUGUCAUGACAGAAAAGUAUGAGGCUACCAGUUGAAUUAUCAUGCAGAUUAAUAUAUGUAUUAACAUACUAACAUGUUAAUGUGUAAAAAUGUAUCCAGGACAGAAGAAAGGAUAAAGUGUGAUAUAGCCAGGAAUGGAACACUAUAACGCAAUAAAGAAAGAAUAAAUUACUGCAGUAAAACCAUAGAUGCCUCAUAAAAAGGAUUUGAGAGGCAAGUGCUGGACACAAAAGAAUAUAUACGCUGUGGUACUCCUAUUUGUUGUGUUACAUUAUUGUGAAGUUUAACUGAAUUGUUUUUUUAAGAUGUAUUUAUUUUUGGCUGUGCUGGGUCUUCACUGCUGUGUGCGGGCUUUCUCUACUUGCUGCUCUCUAGUUACGGUGCAAGAGCAGCUCCCUGUGAUGACGUCUCAUAGCAGAGCACAGGCUCUAGGCUGUGGGCUUCAGUAGGUGGGGCACACAGGCUCAGUAGCUGCAGCGCCCAGGCUCCAGGGCACAGCCUCAGGAUUUGUGGCCCAUGAGCUUCGUUGUUUCGCAGCAUGUGGGAUCUUCCCGGACAGGGACUGAACUCGUGUCUCCUGCAUUGGCGGGCAGAUUCAUUACCAAUGAGCCACCAGGGAAGCCCCUAAUCGAAUUAUUAAAAAGACAUUCUAAGCUUGAUUCUAAAUCUUAUCUCAAUAAUUUAUGGAUGAAGAUUAGAUGUUCCAUGACUUGCAACCAGGAAAUUAUGCAUACUGGAAAAGAUAUUAUUUAAAGGACUCUCCACAACCUAGAUGCACCCUUAUCAGGUGCUCUAAACUAGCUCAUGCACAACAAAACUGAAGAGAAUGAACUCUUGGAUUAAUAUUUCCCACUUAGAAAGGGCGACUGCACUGAACUGGCUAACAGAGAACACUGCCGACCUCAGAAACACCUAAAAACAAUGCUCAAACACAGAGGAUGUUUGAGCUCAUACAUUCAUACCAGGACGAGAAGAAGACAACAUCGGAAAAAAUUUUAACCUUUCAGUUUUCACUCAUGUCUAGACAAACUUGAAGUUUUCUCCUGUCAGGAAUAUAUUCAGUAAUGCAGAGAAUUCAAUUAUACGUUGUACCUUUUUUGCCCA